GUGGGAGGGAGGGGCAGUUAAUAGGUCAGUAAUUAUGCUUGAUGCAGUUUCCUUGACUGCCUCCACUGUUUCAGAGAUGCUAUGAUUUUCAUUUUCACGCCUUCAAUGUCUGGCCCUUUCCACCUCUCAGCUCGUCCCUCACUGGUCUCUGCCUUGUACAUUGUGCACUGGCUGCAUUGGCCUUCUUUCCAUCCCUUUGGGUCAUUUCAACCUUAUGUCACCUCAGAACCUUCCUGUUCCCUCCACUAGGAAUGCUUUUCCUCCUCCUCCUCUUGAGGAUGCUUCCUUGUCAUUGUUAAAUACUCUUCGUGUUCACUAAAACAGUGCCCUUCCCUUGCACACUGUCCUUGCAGGCAUUUAUCAUUCUUAGAAAAUAGGUGGAAGAAACAGAUAAUUAGUGGAAUUCAAGGUUCAUUAUGGCAGGAACAUGAUCAUGUUUGCCACUGAGUUCUGGCUUCUUAGGGCACUCAUUUUGAGGAAUGGGUGGAAGUUUUUGCCAGUCGAUAUGAUUUUUAUUCCAAUUACAAUCCUUUUCAUUAUUGAUAAAAUACGAACAGUGGUGUAACUACCCCACCCUACUGCACUUCCCUCCACGGAAGAUAAGGGCUAAUUCAGCUGAGCUUGGAAAUGUACGUGGUGAUACCUCGUAUGUGCUCUUUACUAUCCCCAAUCCAUGGUCAUUGUGGGAGCAAAGUUUCUCAAAGCAAGAACAUUUAAGCAUUAAAGUUAAGCACGUAAUAGUGUCCCUGUAACUAUAGCUGGGAAAGUUGCUUCUAAGUUUUUAUCAUUCACUCUCAUGAAUUAGCAGUGAAGUGUUGCAUUUACCUGGACUUGUGUUUGAUUGCCAGAAUAAAAGGAGGACGGUUUUCGUUUUAUUUUAAACAGGAUGUUUUUUGUGCUUUUCCAUAGGAGCAUGUGAACUUAGCUUUCUGGAGCAGUGACUUCGCCUUGAGGUUGCCUUAACCAUUGACCCACCAGAAAGGGAGCUCUGUUUUGGGUGCCUUCAGCCUUGCACUCAGCCUCUCUCGCCCAUUCCGCAUGACCGCAUACUCAAGAGCCUCUAAACCCGACCAGAUGUACAUAUCUCAUGAUUGAUGUGGAAAAACUAGUCAUGGGUCAAAGGUCAAGACACUUCUCUGGGAAAUGCUGAUGCUGCUUUACAAAGUCAUACAAUGAAUGUUUGGUUUAAGAAAGAUUUUCAUAUUUAAAAGAUUUUCAUCUUGGAAAUAUAUCAAGUGAAAAUUAGAAUCUUUUGGGAAACAUUUUCCUCCUAAAAAAUUAUCCUUGUAAUGGGCGACAUGGCAAACAACUCUGUUUCAUAUAGUGGAGUAAAAAACUCUUUGAAGGAAGCUAAUCAUGAUGGAGACUUUGGAAUUACGCUCGCAGAACUGCGGGCUCUCAUGGAGCUCAGGUCUACAGAUGCUUUACGAAAAAUACAGGAAAGCUAUGGAGAUGUCUAUGGAAUUUGCACCAGAUUGAAAACAUCUCCCAAUGAAGGUUUAAGUGGAAACCCUACAGAUAUAGAAAGAAGAGAAGCGGCGUUUGGAAAGAAUUUUAUACCUCCUAAAAAGCCAAAAACCUUUCUUCAGUUAGUAUGGGAAGCAUUACAAGAUGUCACUUUAAUUAUAUUAGAAAUUGCAGCCAUAGUAUCACUGGGCCUUUCUUUUUAUCAACCUCCAGAAGGGAAUAAUGCACUUUGUGGAGAAGUUUCUGUUGGAGAGGAAGAAGGUGAAGGUGAAACUGGUUGGAUUGAAGGAGCUGCAAUCCUCCUGUCAGUAGUAUGUGUAGUGUUAGUGACAGCUUUCAACGACUGGAGUAAGGAGAAACAGUUUAGAGGUUUGCAGAGUCGAAUUGAACAAGAACAGAAGUUCACAGUCAUCAGGGGUGGUCAGGUCAUUCAGAUACCUGUAGCUGACAUUAUUGUUGGAGAUAUUGCUCAAGUGAAAUAUGGUGAUCUCCUUCCUGCUGAUGGCAUACUUAUUCAAGGCAAUGAUCUUAAGAUUGAUGAAAGUUCCUUGACUGGUGAAUCUGAUCAUGUUAAAAAAUCUUUAGAUAAGGACCCCUUACUUCUAUCAGGUACUCAUGUAAUGGAAGGCUCUGGAAGAAUGGUGGUUACUGCUGUGGGUGUAAAUUCUCAAACUGGAAUUAUCUUUACCUUACUUGGAGCUGGAGGGGAAGAGGAAGAGAAGAAAGAUGAGAAGAAAAAGGAAAAGAAAAAUAAGAAACAAGAUGGAGCUAUUGAGAAUCGCAACAAAGCAAAAGCCCAGGAUGGCGCAGCCAUGGAAAUGCAGCCUUUGAAGAGUGAAGAUGGUGGUGACGGUGAUGAAAAAGACAAAAAGAAAGCAAAUUUGCCAAAAAAGGAAAAAUCUGUUUUACAAGGGAAACUUACAAAGCUGGCUGUUCAGAUUGGCAAAGCAGGUUUGUUGAUGUCUGCCAUCACAGUUAUCAUUCUAGUAUUAUAUUUUGUAAUUGAUACAUUCUGGGUUCACAAGAGACCGUGGCUUGCUGAGUGCACACCGAUUUACAUACAGUAUUUUGUGAAGUUCUUCAUUAUUGGAGUCACGGUUUUAGUGGUGGCCGUGCCAGAAGGUCUUCCACUUGCAGUCACUAUCUCACUGGCCUACUCAGUCAAGAAAAUGAUGAAAGAUAAUAACUUGGUAAGGCAUCUGGAUGCUUGUGAAACCAUGGGAAAUGCCACAGCCAUUUGCUCUGAUAAAACAGGAACAUUGACAAUGAACAGAAUGACAGUUGUUCAAGCUUACAUAAAUGAAAAACACUAUAAAAAGGUCCCUGAACCAGAAGCUAUUCCACCAAAUAUCUUGUCCUAUCUUGUAACAGGAAUUUCUGUGAAUUGUGCUUAUACAUCAAAAAUACUGCCACCAGAGAAAGAGGGUGGAUUACCUCGUCAUGUUGGUAAUAAAACUGAAUGUGCCUUGUUGGGACUUCUUUUGGAUUUAAAACGGGAUUAUCAGGAUGUUAGAAAUGAAAUACCAGAAGAAGCACUGUACAAAGUCUACACCUUCAAUUCUGUUAGGAAGUCCAUGAGUACUGUCCUGAAAAAUUCAGAUGGAAGUUAUCGAAUAUUCAGCAAGGGUGCAUCUGAGAUAAUUCUGAAAAAGUGUUUCAAAAUCUUGAGUGCUAAUGGUGAGGCAAAAGUAUUCAGACCAAGGGACCGUGAUGAUAUUAUAAAAACUGUGAUUGAACCGAUGGCAUCAGAUGGCUUGAGAACCAUAUGUCUUGCAUUCAGAGAUUUCCCAGCAGGAGAACCAGAACCAGAGUGGGAUAAUGAAAAUGAUAUUGUCACCGGCCUUACAUGCAUUGCUGUUGUGGGGAUUGAAGAUCCAGUGAGACCUGAGGUACCAGAUGCAAUAAAGAAAUGUCAGAAGGCUGGAAUUACUGUGCGGAUGGUCACUGGUGAUAAUAUCAAUACUGCUCGGGCUAUUGCCAGCAAAUGCGGUAUUUUACAUCCUGGGGAAGAUUUCCUAUGUAUAGAAGGUAAAGAUUUCAACAGAAGAAUACGAAAUGAAAAAGGAGAGAUUGAGCAAGAGCGGAUAGACAAGAUCUGGCCAAAGCUUCGAGUACUUGCAAGGUCAUCUCCCACUGACAAACAUACACUGGUUAAAGGUAUAAUUGACAGCACUGUCUCUGAACAACGUCAGGUUGUAGCAGUAACUGGUGAUGGUACAAAUGAUGGUCCGGCACUAAAGAAAGCUGAUGUUGGAUUUGCAAUGGGCAUCGCUGGAACUGACGUAGCUAAAGAAGCAUCUGAUAUUAUUCUCACAGAUGACAACUUUACAAGCAUUGUUAAGGCAGUCAUGUGGGGACGAAAUGUCUAUGACAGCAUCUCAAAGUUCCUUCAGUUCCAGCUCACUGUCAAUGUCGUAGCAGUGAUUGUUGCUUUCACGGGCGCCUGUAUUACUCAAGAUUCGCCGCUUAAGGCUGUGCAGAUGCUGUGGGUAAACCUCAUAAUGGACACGCUCGCUUCCCUGGCUCUGGCAACCGAACCCCCCACUGAGUCUCUCUUGCUUCGGAAACCUUAUGGUAGAAAUAAACCUCUCAUCUCACGUACAAUGAUGAAGAAUAUUUUGGGUCAUGCAUUCUAUCAACUUGUAGUAGUCUUUACACUCUUGUUUGCUGGAGAAAAGUUUUUUGAUAUUGAUAGUGGAAGAAACGCUCCUUUGCAUGCUCCUCCUUCGGAACAUUACACUAUCGUUUUUAAUACAUUUGUACUGAUGCAACUUUUCAACGAAAUAAAUGCCCGGAAAAUUCAUGGUGAAAGAAAUGUGUUUGAAGGAAUAUUUAAUAAUAUCAUCUUCUGCACAAUUGUUUUAGGCACUUUCGUGGUACAGAUAAUAAUUGUGCAGUUUGGUGGAAAACCUUUCAGUUGUUCAGAACUUUCAAUAGAACAGUGGCUAUGGUCAGUAUUCCUAGGAAUGGGAACCUUGCUCUGGGGCCAGCUUAUCUCAACAAUUCCAACUAGUCGUUUAAAAUUCCUAAAAGAAGCUGGUCAUGGAACACAAAAGGAAGAAAUACCUGAGGAGGAGUUAGCAGAGGACGUGGAAGAGAUUGAUCACGCUGAGAGGGAGUUGCGGCGUGGCCAGAUCUUGUGGUUUAGAGGUCUGAACAGAAUCCAGACGCAGAUUCGAGUGGUGAAUGCAUUUCGUAGUUCCUUAUAUGAAGGGUUAGAAAAACCGGAAUCAAGAAGUUCAAUUCACAACUUUAUGACGCAUCCUGAGUUUAGGAUAGAAGAUUCAGAGCCUCACAUCCCCCUUAUCGAUGACACUGACGCCGAAGACGAUGCUCCUACGAAACGCAACCCCAGCCCUCCACCCUCUCCCAACAAGAAUAACAAUGCUGUUGACAGCGGGAUUUACCUUACCAUGGAAAUGAACAAGUCUGCUACCUCUUCAUCCCCAGGAAGCCCACUACAUAGUUUGGAAACAUCACUCUGAUUGUAAGCCGAAUGUUAACACACUAGCUGCAUUGUAAAGAAACAAAUUGAAACUGGGUCUUUUCACAUAUUGUGACAGACAAGAUAGUAUUCUUGUCUUUGGACUUCAACAGAAGACACACUUGUACGAAUGUAGAUUUAUUUUUUUAAAAAAAAACGCAAAGCUUUCUGCCAGACUGAGGGUGCUUUUUGGGGGGUGGGAGAAAUGAACUGACAGAUAAACAGUAACGCGGCAUAAGUUGGCCUGUGCAUCACCGGUAGUACCCGAGAGUGGUCCUGAACAGUGUAUUAGCAGAGCUGAUGGGAGCGGUGGGGGAGUGAAGCUGGGCAGGCGAAGAGCCCUGGAUCAUAGAAUUGAUACUUUAAUUUCUGCUGUUGGCUGUUAAUAAUUUGGAUUAUUUAUGUUUAUAAAUGAUACAGAUCUGUUUACAAGGUUUGUAGAUACUUUUUUUGUUCCUGUUCAUAGAUGGGAAGCUUCCUUAUAACUGAUGCAGAGAAAACUUAGUCCUUCAAAUACUGCUCUAUUUUCAGGAAAAAAAAAAAAAAAAAAGGGGGUGUUUCUAUUGAAACUGUACUAAAUUUUUGCCUACAAUUUACCUUGUUAAAUAUUGUAGAUAAAUUGCUAAUACUAAUAGCCAAAUAGAUAACACUAAUGCUUUGUUUAAAAAAACAAACAAAACAAAACAACAAAAAAAACAUGAGCAGUGGUGUUCUAAUAAAGUUACGGCAUCUGUCCUACUUAGUUUCUUAAAUACAUUUACUACUUAAUGGUUUUGAAACAACUGUUUAAUUUUUAAAAUUUUUGAAAACUUGCUAAUAACCUUUUGUUCAGAAUUUAGUAGAUUGUUUAAUGUGGGACAUCAGCUGCAUAAUGAAAGAUGCUUGAAAUGCUUUUGUUGUUUCAGGCAAAUCAAAUUAAAUCAAGCUAUCAAACUACAAGAGAACCUUAGUCCUUUCUGUUUUUGUCUAAACAUGUUAGUUAGUGAUGUCUUGGUGAACUGUGAGUGAACUGUAUUGAUUUUUCUAAUAAAUCCUUAGAAACCUUCAUACAGCAUGAGGGCUGUUGGCAUUUUGAAAAAGGUUAAUAAGUAGAAGCAUACAUGUUCUCCUUUUGUUUUUGAAACUUGUUUGUAAACAUAAAUAAAUCUGCCCUUUUAUUAAAUAAAUUCACGGCAAUGUUUUUUUAAAAGGCAUUUCAGCUUCUUGACUCCAUUCUGCAUGUAUGGUGCAACAGCCUGUCCUCUUUAACAUGAUUGGAAUGCGUUUCAAGAUGGUAACAGCCCCAUGAAAUACUGCUUUAAUUCCGUGGUAAUAAGCUCAUAGAACCAGAUUAAGAAAAUACUGUAAUUUCACCAUUCAACAUAUUCUUCAUUGAAUUUUUGUCUAAAAUAGUCUCACUGUUUAAAAAAGAAGAAGAAGAAGAAUGACCCCCGUUGUCUUUGGUACAUUUAUUUUAAUUCUUAAGUGGCCAAAUAGCAGAUUAGGUAAAAUGAGAUUAUAUGGAAAGGUGAAAAAGGUCCAUAUAUAUAUUUAGAUAUAAUAUUUAACCAUAUGCUAGAAUGCCCAUUUCUAAGCCAAUUGGAUUCUUUAAGUCUUCUUUCUUUGGUCUACCUUCUCCCCAUUUUUGCCUCUGUCUUUACCUUUUAGGUACUGGCAUUGUGUUAGGGCCCAGAUUUCACCAGAUAAACACUCCUCAGGUUGACAUAAAGUUUACGAGGACUACUACAACAUCUGACCCAGCAAAGAAACAUUUAGUUGAUGGUGCUUGAUAUUUUUGGUGGGUGGGGGAAAAUCUUUUUCUCUCCAUCAGUCCUUUGCGGUAAUCCUCUACAUGUCUUAGAAACACGUUGGCUCUGUCCGCACUUGUACAUUUAUUUAUCAGGUAUUUACAGUGAAUCCUACUGUAAAAAGAGGUAGCAUGAUAUGCUGGGAAGCAUACCAGCCAAGGAGUCAAGACCUGGUUUCUAGCAUCGGUUUUGCCAUUAACGUGCUGCAUGACCUUGGGAAAGUCAUUAACCCUAAAUGAGGGUGGUGGACUAGACUAUCUCGAAGAACCCUUUCAAUUCUAAAAAUUGACCCUAUCAACUGGAGAAGCCUACAGGGCAUAGGGAAUAGAGAAAAGGGAAAUACUUUCAGUUUUCUUUUUUAUUUUGGCUUAUGCUUAAAUAUGAAUGUAAUUACCAAAAGAUUUAGAAGUGCAUGUGCUUUGGAGGAUUUUUAUUGAGCUUUUACAGUAUUCAUUUUUCAACUCAAGGCAAUGGCUUUUUACACCCACUGUAAUCCAUAAACUGGUCUUACAACAUCCAUGAAGUAGUAGCAAGACAUGCUUAGUGUAUAUUUCUCUCUUUGAGACACUGUAAUUUUUACCAGAAGUUUCCAGAGCAUUAUGUAAGUAGAAAAAAAAAUGCAAGCAAGCUGUUAAAGACCAUGGAUCCCAUUAUAUAGUAUGUAUAGCUGACAUCAGCAUCUGUAAUUCAAUCACUUUUUCUCUUUUAUCCUCUAACCAAAAAAUUGUUUAAUUUUGCAUCCCAAAUGUUUUUAAUCUUUGUAUAUUUUUUAAAAAAUCCUUUCUCCGCAUCAUUGCCUUUUUUGUGGUUGUAAAUAGACUUACUUGCACUUUGAAGAUGAGUUACUCCUUGUCAUCUUACAAAUAUGUGAUAUGGUAAUUUUCAUAACAGAUGUCAGUUUUAAACCAAGAAAUGGUGAUUUGUUUAUAAGAAAAAAAAAAAAAAACUGGCUUCAUUUCUGUGAAAUUGCUCUUUGAAAAUUUCUUUUUACACGUGUAAGCCAACUGAGAUACCGUGAUGGUGUUGAUUUCUUUCAAUGAUGCUUACCAUCUAUUUUAGCCACUGAGCCUUUUAUUAUUUGUCUAUUUGUAAAGUUUAUUUGUCUUAACUCAUUUAAUAAAUAUACUGUUUAUCUGUUUCUGAA